CAACCCUAGUAAGCCCUCCCCUUGUUCUAAAACAAAAAUAGUAAGCCCUCCCCGCCCCCGGCGCACGCACGAGUCCCGGCGAGGCGAGCGAGCAGCCAACCGUCUCCGGCGCCGGCGGCAGGCGAGGAUGGGUCGCGACAAGUCACGGAGGCUGUCGGGCAGCCGAGACUUCCGGCAGCGGCUGGUGCUGGCGACGCUGACCUCCACCCCGAUCACCAUCAAGGACAUCCGCGCCGGCGAGGGGGGCCUCCGCCCGCACGAGAUGUCCCUCCUCCACCUCAUCCACAAGGUCUCGGACCAGCACGUCAUCGACGUCAACGACACAGGGACCAAGGUCGGGUACAAGCCCGGGGUGGUCGUCGGCGGGAAGGACCUGGAGCACGACUGCGGGGCGCACCGCGGGAUCGGCUACUUCAUCGAGCCGCUCCUUCUGCUCGGCCUCUUCGCCAGGUCGCCCUUGUCGAUUCGGCUCAAAGGAAUCACAAAUGAUACAAAGGACCCUUCUGUGGAUACUUUCCGGAUGGUUACGUUGCAUAUGCUCAAGCACUUUGGCGUUCCUCUUGAGGGGCUGGAGCUCAAAAUUGAAAGCCGGGGAGCUCCUCCUCGUGGUGGUGGCGAAGUGCUUCUCCGAGUUCCCAAUAUAAACAGUACACUAAAGGCAGUUAAUUGGAUUGAUGAAGGAAUGGUAAAGAGGAUAAGAGGUGUAGCAUUCUCAACGAAUGUAUCUGCACAGAUUGUAACCCGUAUCUUCUAUGCUGCACGUGGACUCUUCAAUAAGUUCAUUCCGGAUGUUCAUAUCUUCACCGAUCAUAGAGCUAGUUCAUCUGGUGGAUGUGGAUUGUCAGCAGGCUAUGGCGUAUCUGUAGUUGCUGAGACCACAACAGGCUGUCUGAUUUCUGCAGAUGCUACUGUGAGCUAUCCCAAUGUUGAUGAAAUAAGUGAACAAUCUGAGAAGCCUGAGCUAAUGUCUCCAGAGGAUCUUGGUGAGCAAGUUGCAUCGAUGCUGCUAGAAGAGGUGGCUCAAGGAGGAGUUGUUGACUCAACACACCAGUCGCAGAAGAUGCACAAAGGAGUUUGUGCCGACGAUUCGGCGAAAUGCUACGGCGAAAAGGAAAUCUAUGUGCAUUGCCUCUUUGGAAUGCUGAUUCAGAAAGGGGUGGCAAUGGCAUCCCUAUUUUCAUCAGGAGAAAAGCAUACAUGUAGAAGGUGGUGAGGGUGUGAUGUAACUGCACACACACUGGCAAGCGACAGUCAUUUGCUUGCUGUUCUUGUCAACAGGCAGUCACACAAAAGGGAAAAAUGCUUUGCUCUCGGCAGAGGUUUUCAGGUCCAAUCGACGACAAAGGUGCUUUCUCUCCUUGGUGACUGUCUCUCACACACAGAAAUGGUCCUGAUCUAGUAGCCUUGCACUGAUGAUCACUGUGUCUCCAACCCAAUCCAAUCCAAGUAGACUUGCUGUUCUGGUAGUGGCAGACUUGGCUCUGAAGAAGAAGAAAUUUCAGUGUUUGGACCAGUUGGGGCAUACCAGAUGGGCUCCAAAAAGGCUGCUCUUGGUUGCUCAUGCCAUGUGCAUGCACCAGCUAGCACCUCAAGGACUGGAUUCUUGCUUAAUUUGCACCA